UAAAAUUAUAAGGAGAACCUCACUGUGUUUCGAUUUAUUCAUUUAUUUACUUCUCUCUGGGAUCCGCUCGCCGCCGCCGCCGCCGACGCCGACGAGAUGAAUCCCAUGAUUUGGCACAAGGUCGCUGCAAUUUCCGGGGUCGCUGCUCUCGGCCUCGGGACCUACGGAUCGCAUGGCUUCCGGCCAAAAGACGAAACUUUCAAAGAGGUUUGGCGCACUGCUUCUCUCUACCACUUGGUCCACACCGCUGCCUUGGUCGGAGCUCCGGUCGCCAAACACCCCAACAUCUUCGGAGGGCUUCUGACUGCUGGUAUCCUGGCGUUCUCUGGAUCGUGCUACGCGACAGCAUAUCUCGAAGAUAGACAAUACUCUUUUCUCGCACCGUUUGGUGGCUUUGCAUUCAUUGGAGCUUGGGCCAGUUUAAUCUUCUGAUUCAUAAUGCUUCAAACAGCUGAGGUGUUGUAUUCUGCUCGAGCUAACCGGGACUCUUAUUCUACCCAGUCCAAUAUUCUCACCAUCGUGCUAUCUUGGAUGCUCGCAUGAACACUUUUUGCUGCUCCAAAAUUCUUAAAUGCUCGAUGUGUUGUUACAGACUUGCUCGACAAAAAAAUGAGAACUUGUAUCGGGUUGGCGGAUGACUAAAACUGCUAUAGCAACUGAAUUGUGAGUUUGUUUUUGCAAACCUAAAUGGCUAGUGUUUGAAUAUUUGCUAUUGUAAUAAUUUAAUCUCAUAAUUAAACUCUGAGAUUAUUUUACAGAAA